AAGCAGCUACAAUUUAUUUUUACAUUACGAUCUAUUGAUAAUAUUCUUAAUCGUUGGAUUAACUGAAGAAGUGACAUCGGCAAGGGUGCUGUCCGAUCUGCUUUCUCGCCCCUCGCUGCUUUCCUCGAGUAACGAGAAAAUGGACAUCCCCGCUUAUACAUCACCCACUUUGUGCCUUGGUCGGACAUUUGAUUUGGAAACUUCGAGAGCAUGCGCGGAUGUCUUCCCAUCGAGCAAUGACUUACCAAUUAAGUCUAUAGAUUCCAACAAGUUUUCCUUCAAAUACCAAGUGGUUAAAAGCAGCAAAGACGUCAAUGACUUACUGGACGUAUCUGGUGAAUUAUCACUAAAAAUCAAAGCCAAUCUGCUGAAAGUGGAAGGGGCAGGGCAGUAUAUAAAUGAGAGCAAGUUAGAAGAGGGAACAACUAGUCUUCUGGCUGUGAUGAAAUGUACUACGGUUGUUGAAACAAUCGACGGAUCAGUGAAACCAAGAGAAGAUCUCGCCGAGGGUGAAUUUCUUGACUCACUUGGUUCUCACUACGUAAGGAGCGUCACGUACGGUGUCGAGAUGGUAGCCAGCCUGAAAUUUAAGUCUUCAUCCAAGUCAACCAAGGAACAAAUCAAAGGAAAAGCCGAAGGAGAACUAAACGUUGGAGUUGUUAAUGCAGGACUGAAAGCUUCGUUAGACAAACUAUCGGCAGAAUGCAGCGAUGUAUCAGAUAUAGCCAUCAAAUAUUACGCCACAGACCUACCAGACAAACUUCCAACCACCAUGGAGGAUCUAGUCUCAGUUAUUGAAAACUUUCCUUCUCGACUGAAAAAGUUUAAUGAUGGUAAAGGGAUUCCUAUGAAGUUUGAACUUGUGCCCAUAAAGAGCAUUAUUCCAACAGCGAAAGUUUACCUGCAACAGCAGGCAUCAGUAUAUGAAAUGGAGAACUUGGAGAGCUGUUUUGAUGAUCUGCGAAUCACAAAAGGCCUUGCUGAGGCAUAUUUUCAGAAUGAAAAUGGAACCCACGAUGAUGUGGAAGAUUUUCUUAGUAAGGUCAACAAAAUUUACAAAGAAUUCCUUGAAGCAAUUUCGUCGAUGAACAAGCGUGAGGGUCCAGACAAGCUGAAGGCAUGUAUGAAGGCUUAUGUGGAUGCUCUUAAUGGUCGCGAUGUAAACGGAAAAUUUAACAAGGAAUGGAGGAACAUACUGAGAAAAAAGAAAGCAGUGGUAGAGAAGAAAAAAGACGUCAACAUUCUCAUACUGGGAGAGACUGGGGUUGGCAAGUCCACCUGGAUUAAUGGAAUCGUCAAUUACUUCAAGCAUGAGCAGCUCACAACUGCCAUGGAUAACCCUGAGUUUACUUACUUGAUUCCAUUCAGGUUUUCCUUUACAAAUGAAGAUGGGGAGGAGGUGGACAUUUCCUUUGGAUCUGAUGAAAAUGAAGUUUUCAAAACCGGAGAGUCCGCCACCCAGUUCCCACAGGAGUAUAUCUUUGAGUCAGACACUGAAAGGUUCCACCUCAUCGACACUCCAGGCAUCGGGGACAGUAGGGGAAUUGAUCAGGAUAAGAAAAACUUUGCGAACACCUUGGACUUCCUUCAAUGCUUCGACAAGAUAAGUGCCGUUGUUGUGCUUCUCAAACCAAACAAUGCAAGGUUGACGGUGGCUUUUAAGUUCUGUGUCUUGGAAUUGCUGACCCACCUUCACAAGUCACUGGUCUCCAACAUAAUGUUCGCCUUUACCAACUCCAGGGGAACUUUUUACAGACCAGGAGACACUCUUCCAGCACUGAAGAAACUUCUAAACGAAAAACAGAUUUCGAUCGAUGUCUCAAAGGAAAACUAUUUUUGCUUUGACAACGAAGCCUUCAGGUUUCUUGCCUGCAAAAAGAAAGGGGAAGAGUUCACACAGAGAGAAAUCGAUCUUUACUCGGAGAGCUGGGUCCAGUCACGCGAAACAACUCUCAAGCUAUUGGCACGAGUGCUGGGACUGAAGCCCCAUGAUACAAAGGAGACGUUAAGCCUGAACGAGGCGAGAAACUACAUAAUCGCCCUAAGCAAACCGAUGGGGGAAGCUGUUGACCUGAUAAAUAGGAAUUUGAAAGCAAUUGAAGAUAGAAGAAAGGAGGUGGCGGGUUGUGAACAAAAUAUCAAGACUUUCGAAGCUCAACUAAAGUUCACAGGGUAUGAGCUGAAGAUUGAAAGACUUGACUAUCCCAUGACUGUUUGUACUUCUGAAGGGUGCAAGAAAUAUGAAAACAUCGGUGAGACUAGAGAGAGAAAUACAAUUUAUAGUCAAGUCUGUCACGAGCACUGCUCCCUGCGAGUUCCGAAAGAGACCACCAACAACGAGGAACUUCGAGGCUGUGCAGCAAUGACCGGGGGAAAAUGCGACAGAUGCACUCACGACUACAGAGUCCACAUGCACAUCUCCUACAAAGCUACUAUCCAGCCAAAGGAAUUCCUCUCUCCAGAAACACAGAAGCUCAUUAGAGAGAAGAAAGACUUGAAGUCACAGAAAGAAGCACUCAUUGCUGAGUUAGAGAAGGAUAUCAAGGAACUGAACGAUGAAAAAGACUUCAUCUAUGAGUGUGCCAGCCACUUUGGUGUCUUCCUGAAGGAGAACGCUCUGAUCCCCUAUAACGACUCUUUUGCUGAUUAUCUCGAAAUGCUGAUUAAGGAAGAGGAGAGUAAGGAGAAGAAGAUCAGAGACGACAAGAAGAUUGAAAAGAUGAAGAUGGAACAGAAGACUUACGAGGAGAAAAAAAGAGUCAUCAUGGGGACCCUUGCUUCAAACGCAGGAAGCAAUCAUGAAGUCAUUGCAACAGAUAUCCAUAAAAGGAAAGACAAACUUUGUUCCCUGAAACAUAAUGGGAAGACAUUGAAAAUUGCUCUAGAUGGUGUCAUGUCAGGCAGGCAGAAAACACACAAAGAAGAAAGGAGGCGCCCCAUGGCUAUUACAACCACGAAGGGCAAAGGCAUCAGGGACUACAUAUCCAGCGCGUACGCAUACGUCAGAGGGAAGAAAUGAUAACAACAACAGACUUCCUUCCAUUAGCUGGGAAUGGAUCUCACGACAUUGAAAUGGUUAUUUGUAUGUGGCAGAGUUGUUUAAGCAACUUAAGCGAAUAAUUAAUCAAAUGGAAAUUAGACAGCUUAAAAAGGCAGGCGGAAAGCAAUGCAUAAAUGUAACCAGUGCGACAAAUUUUUCGUAUUUUGAUCAUUACUUUUGACGCGUUAACGUGGGCUGAUAGUUAAUUUCAUCAAUUUUCUUUUUUAAUUUCAUAAGUCUUUAAACAGAACCGGUUUAAAAUGUCGAGCUGCAAUGUGACGUGUACUAAGUCUUCGUCUUAUUUACAGUAGUCAUAUCUUAUGAAUUUUUCAUCGCGUGUUCAGUCGUGAACAAACCGAGAAGAAAGAUUGAACCACGAUUUUUAAUGAAAAAAUUGAGUGUUACUCAUCUUAAUCGUUAAAGAUGUCAAUACGAAAGAUGACAUUAUUUUUUGUUACGCUGCUAGCAAUUUUCCUAAGUGUCGAAUGAUCAUAUUUUGCUGUAGUAAAAUCAUAUGCAUUUAAGUGAAUCCACACUCGAGCAUCGUGCAAGAUCUUACUUGGAAAUCCUCAUAGUAGAAAGUUAAUUUUUCUUUUAGGACACAAAUAAAACUGAGUAAUAAUUUCCGUUGAACGACGGCCUUGGGUGAGAAAUACAUGGUAUGCUAUGUAUAUGAACAGACGAAAUAUAGCCAUUUUGGCUAGCUUAAAACAUUUUAGAGAGAUUGAUUCAUAGCCCCUCACGCCUCUAUCUAAGCCAGAGGGAUUCAAUAAUUUUGCCCGGCAUAUGAUAGGUUAAUUAGUACACAUUUUUUAAAUUUUUGAAUAUCAACAUGUGCCAUGUUUGGACGGUUUUAAAUAUUUCAAAGUAAUUUAUAGUUUACAAAGUGAUCCUUUUUGCUAUUUCAUUAAUUUAGUUACAUUUUUAUGACCUCUCCUCGAGUGUGUUGGGGCGAACCAAAAAUUAAAUAAUUAUUAUUAAACAAUUAUUAACGUAUCAGCUUUUUUUUACUUGUUUACGUUGUUAGUCAUUGAUACACUAGUAAUAUUUUGAUCCACUGAAAGGAUCCGAGUUACGUCUUAAAGUUGGAUGGUAGCGACAGCAAACAUCUCACGUAGCACAUAGUAAGUGUUGUCAAUAUUUGGCGGAUAAUAAACAUAGUGGCCCCGCUCCA